AUGCAUUACCGAACAGCAGCAGCGUUGGCACUCGCCACAGCACCCAUUGCUGGAGCAGACAGUCACUCGACAUCGGGGGCCUCCGCUGAGGCAGUUGUGCCACCUGCAGGGACUCCCUGGGGAAUCGCGUACGACAAGGCCAAAACCGCAUUGGCAAAUCUCAAUCUCCAGGACAAGGUCGGCAUUGUGAGUGGCGUCGGCUGGAACGGUGGCCCUUGUGUUGGAAACACAUCCCCAGCCUCUAAGAUUGGCUAUCCGUCGCUAUGCCUUCAAGACGGGCCGCUCGGCGUUCGUUACUCAACCGGUAGCACAGCUUUUACGCCUGGCAUUCAGGCAGCCUCGACGUGGGAUAUCGACUUGAUCCGCGAACGUGGACAAUUCAUCGGCGAGGAGGUAAAGGACUCGGGAAUCCAUGUCAUCCUUGGCCCCGUAGCUGGACCUCUGGGAAAGACGCCACAGGCCGGUCGCAACUGGGAGGGCUUCGGUGUCGAUCCAUACCUCACGGGCAUAGCCAUGGGUCAGACGAUCAACGGCAUCCAGUCGGUAGGGGCGCAGGCGACAGCGAAGCACUACAUCCUCAACGAACAGGAACUCAACCGAGAGACCAUAUCGAGCAACGCAGAUGACCGAACUCUCCAUGAGCUGUAUACUUGGCCAUUUGCCGAUGCGGUUCAGGCCAAUGUCGCUUCCGUUAUGUGCUCGUACAACAAGGUCAACACGACCUGGGCCUGUGAGGAUCAGUACACGCUGCAGACUGUGCUGAAAGAUCAGCUGGGAUUUCCGGGAUAUGUCAUGACAGACUGGAACGCACAGCACACAACUGUUCAAAGCGCUAAUGCUGGGCUUGACAUGUCGAUGCCUGGCACAGACUUCAACGGGAACAACAGGCUCUGGGGCCCAGCUCUUACCAAUGCGGUGAACAGCAAUCAAGUCCCCACGAGCAGAGUCGACGAUAUGGUGACUCGCAUCCUCGCCGCGUGGUAUCUAACAGGCCAAGACCAGGCAGGCUAUCCGUCGUUCAACAUCAGCAGGAACGUCCAAGGGAACCACAAGACCAACGUCAGGGCGAUUGCCAGGGAUGGCAUUGUUCUGCUAAAGAAUGAUGCCAGCAUCCUGCCGCUGAAGAAGCCCGCGAGCAUUGCAAUCGUCGGAUCUGCCGCAGUCAUUGGUAAUCACGCCAAUAAUUCGCCUUCCUGCAGCGACAAGGGCUGCGACAAUGGUGCCCUGGGUAUGGGUUGGGGUUCUGGUGCCGUCAACUAUCCGUACUUUGUCGCACCUUACGAUGCGAUCAAUACCAGAGCUUCUUCGCAGGGCACUCAAGUUACCUUGAGCAACACCGACGACACAAAUUCCGGCGCAUCCGCAGCAAGAGGGAAAGACGUCGCCAUUGUCUUCAUCACCGCCGACUCAGGUGAAGGCUACAUUACCGUGGAGGGCAACGCGGGUGAUCGCAACAAUCUGGACCCUUGGCACAACGGCAACGCUCUGGUCCAGGCCGUGGCCGGUGCCAAUAGCAACGUCAUCGUUGUUGUCCACUCUGUUGGUGCCAUCAUCUUGGAGCAGAUUCUCGCGCUUCCGCAGGUCAAGGCCGUUGUCUGGGCGGGUCUGCCUUCUCAGGAGAGCGGCAAUGCGCUCGUUGAUGUGCUGUGGGGAGACGUCAGCCCCUCUGGCAAGCUGGUGUACACCAUCGCGAAGAGCCCCAACGACUACAACACUCGCAUUGUUUCCGGCGAUGACGGUUUCAGCGAAGGACUGUUUAUCGACUAUAAGCAUUUUGACGACGCGAAUAUCACGCCGCGGUACGAGUUCGGCUUUGGACUGUCUUACACCAAGUUCAACUACUCGCGCCUUUCCGUCUUGUCGACCGCCAAAUCUGGUCCUGCGACGGGGGCGGUGGUGCCUGGAGGCCCGAGUGACUUGUUCCAGAAUGUCGCGACGGUCACUGUUGACAUCGCAAACUCUGGCCAAGUAACCGGUGCCGAGGUCGCUCAGCUAUACAUCACCUACCCGCCUUCAGCCCCCAGGACCCCUCCGAAGCAGCUGCGAGGCUUUGCCAAGCUGAACCUCACGCCAGGCCAGAGUGGAACAGCGACGUUCAAUAUCCGACGACGAGACAUCAGCUAUUGGGACACCGCAUCGCAGAAGUGGGUGGUGCCGUCGGGAUCGUUUGGCAUCAGCGUGGGAGCGAGCAGCCGGGAUAUCAGGCUGACAGGGACAUUGUCGGUAGCGUGA